UCUUUAUAUUGGUAGCCACGUGCGCACCACUGUAUUUCUACAUUGCGAUGCGGAGCAGAUAUGUUAGAAUGUUGGAGCUGAAAGGGCCCUUGCUGAAGGGUCCUUCUUGCCCUAUCUUCAACUCACUAAACAACAGCAAUGUGACACAGGGUUUGCCACGCAUCAUGAUGUGGACCAAAUUCUUUAGAGAUUGGUAUGGGCCACUCGACGAUACCAGAAUCGGCGAAGUAUUGCUCGAGAACUGCAGAGCCAAGUGCCUCGUCACUAACGACCCGUGUCUGGUGGAAUAUAGCGACGCUGUCGUCUUCCAUGUGCGCAACCUAGAGAUGACGGAUCUCCCCCAGAAGCGCUUCAGCUGGCAGAAAUGGAUCUUCUACUUGAUGGAACCACCGCCAAACACCGACUUCACGGACUUCAAUCUCACGCACGGCAUGUUUAACUGGACCAUGACGUAUAGAAAAGACUCUGACGUUUACGUGCCCUACGGUAGGAUUGUACCUCGCGAGGCCGUCGCUACAAAUACAAAGAGAGACUUGAAGGCCCUCUGGAAGUCUAAGAAAAAAACCGCCGUAUGGAUGGUCAGCAACUGCUUGACUAACGGCGGGAGGGAACGCUUCGUCGCUCAACUUAAGAAAUACAUGGACGUUGAUGUGUACGGCUUCUGUGGCCACCACAAGUGCCCGAUGUCCCGAGGUAUUUCCUGUUACGUGGAUUUCGAGCGCACCUACUUCUUCACACUUGCCUUCGAGAACUCGAUAUGCGCUGAUUACGUCACCGAGAAGUUCUAUACCGCGCUAAAGCACGACAUCAUACCAGUUGUCUUCGGUGGGGCCAAUUACAGCCAUAUCGCGCCAAACCAUUCUUUUAUUGACGCCCUCUCGUUCGAAUCGCCCAAGGAUCUCGCCGAGUAUCUUAUAAAACUAUCAAAGAACUACACAGAGUACGCCACUUAUUUAAAAUGGAAAGAUAGCCAUGAUAUUGCUCAGUCUCACCCCGCAUUCUGCGAGCUUUGCACAAAGUUGCACAGUCACGUCGAAUAUCGGAGGACUUCGUCGUACGGCGACAUAGGAGCUUGGUGGCUCGGAAAAGGUCGUUGCCGCAGAUGGAGGUCGGGUGCACACAGUUAGGUGGUUCUUGUGGCGUAUUGCACAUCCAUUGGCUACGGUGUCCAAGGACCAGAUAUACGGCGAAGCAUAGGGCCAAUGAUACGCCAGCACCAAUGUAAAUCGGAAGAGCGCGAUUACAUUUGAGAGUAGGGAAUGGCUCAAAUUACAUUCAAUGGGAGCUCCGCUAUGUUCACGCUGCUUUGAGUGGUUUCCUUACAUUCAUAUGUACAGUGUCCUUCACUGUUGUGUAUAGCACGCGAACGACACGCUCAGGCAUAACGAAGGCGCUCAUUAAGCGCCGCCGCUCCCAAACAGCAACAUUUGCAGUCUUACACAUGUGUGUCGCCGCGCAUGCACCUAGGCAGGGUAAGCUAUGUUGAACCCAUUAGCCGCAGCCAAUGGUCGACCGUGAACCGAACCUAAUUGCUCAUGCGCUCUACACAGCAGUGAACGAGAUUCUACAGUGCCAACGAUUGAAACGCGAUAAUCGGAGCUCAUGGUUGCCGCCGCUUCUCGCGCCAAACGUGUGCACAUGGGACACCGAACCGAUACAUCGUGGUAUAGGAUGAAAGCGAGAGCCUUUGUGACGAACUUCGUGAUCACCCAUCACUCACCGGUGGCGCAGAAAAGCGGAGGCAGGAACGCGCUCUGAGUAUCGCGUUGCAAUUACUGAGCACUGCCACGGCCACCUUUAUUUUUAUCCAGCGGCCGUGGCACUGCACAUCAACUUUGCCAAAUUUCCGUGCUAAAUGAAGAGUCACCUUGAAUAGUGAAUGUUUGAGCCGUUAUUAACUCGCGCUUGUCUUUG